CACGCGUGUCUCAUCUACUCAACAGAUGGCCCCGGCCAUGGCCUACGUGCCUGGACUUUCUCAUCAAGCGUCAAAUGUCUCGACGCUAGAGCGACAGCGGCACGAUGGCAAAUUUUGAUCGUGGCGUGGUGAUAGCGUCCAGAUCGUCCUCAAGCGGCUUCACCGAAGACUAGCGGGGGGAAUGUGUUCUUAAGCCGAGCCCUAGGCGCCCUAUGUUCUUGGAAUUCCCCUUCAUGAGUCUUUCCGUCACCCUGAAAUACCACCCUUCCACCUCCCUCCCUCUCAUUCAUUCUCACCACCUUGUGUAUCCGCAGCUUUUCAAUUCUCCAUUCCAAGCCACUGCGCCACCUGCUUCUCUCACAUACAAAACGAUUCAGAUGAGUUCCGUGGCUGCUACUCACGCCAAGAUGGCACCUGCGCCCAACACUGGAACUGCCACUGCGGCGCCCUCAGCCGUUGGCACCAUCACUCUUGUUGGUGGUGCAAAGGGCGAGCAGUCUCCCGAAACCCUCGCCGCUCUCAAUGGCGGUGCCGCACGUCUCGCAGGGAUGCUGCCCGCUUUCAGGCCAGUGGACCAGCUAUUCUUCACCCUCAAGCACGUGCUGCCCGUAAUGAUCUUGCAAUACAUCUCUCAGACUGCCGCUUCUUCUCAGCCCGCUUCCGGGGCGGACGAGGCCUCCCAAUGGACCGUCAAGACCGUUGCUGCGGUCUACGCGGCCACCUACAUCCUCCUUGGCCUCAACACCACAAAAUUCUUGGCCGCCUUCUCCCACAAGUGGGGCUACCUCGACCGUGACGUUGAGCGGAACGGCAGGACAGCCGAGACGAUCGGCUACUCUAGUCUAUCCGCAACCUUUGUCAUCUCAUCCGUCGCGCGCAUCGCGGCUGGAGCCUACUUCUACCGCAGCAGCAUCGGUGCACCUUCUCUCAGCUUGUCCCUCCCCUUCAAGAUGUCAUUGUACGCCAUCAUCUUUGACUUCUUCUACUACGUCUACCAUCGUCUUCAACACUCUUCUCUGAUUCCUGGACUGCGAGCGCUCCACAUGGCGGGCGAGCAUCGCGCUACGGACAGCCACCCUACCCCAGGCAUGGUCACGCUUCAAUCCCGUCCCACCUCUCACUUGGACCCCAUCCGAGCAGUGGGCCUUCACCUCGCUGCCAUGUCCGUCUUCUCCUACUUGCCCAUCACUUUUGGCUUCCACGAAUGGUUCUACGUUACUUGCGCCAUGCUCUACACCGAGCUGUACUGCCUUUCGGGAGCUCGCGUGCACAGCGAAGCCUGCACCACGGCGCUCCUCGUCAGGUGGACUGGCGACCGCACCCUGAACCCCAUCAACCCUCUGCCCCGCCUCACCCAGUUCGACAAGAACAACGAGGACACCGACCAGCACUAUCUCGCUGCCGUUUCCGACAAGAAGCUCAAGCUGGCCAACUUUGGUCAACAAAGUCGCGUUUGGGAUGACAUCUUUGGCACGGUGACGGAUAGGUUGGAGUGCCGGGAGCUGAGCAUCAAUUGGUCCCUCAGUGCCAGCGACCGUGUUCCCCACUUCAUGAAGAGCACUUGAGCGUCAACCAUGAAGCGGCGGAGCAGAUGUGCAUCAUCCUCUUCGCAGUCUUGAAAAUGCUUGUGAAGAGUGUAGUUUGCUCCUCCUGGUCCGCCAUCUCGCGAAACCUGCCCGAUGUCUACUCGGAGUCGAGCAGCUCUACCUUGCAAUCCUCGCCGGAAAUCAUACCCACCCCGUCCUUUGUCACCGAUUCUGCACAAUCUACGAGAACAAUUCAUCUGCUUCGGUC